GAAGAGUUGGAAGAACAUUUCAACAACAGAAGUCAAAAGCUGUCAUUGACUUUGAUCCUGAUGAGCUCUCUUUUAACAUGGAAGAGGAGCCUGUCUUUUCAUCCAACAAGCCUAAAGAGAGAGUGGAAUUUACAUACAAUGAACUGAAAGAUGCUCGCUGGUUUUUUGACACGCCGGGGAUUGUAAAAGAGAAUUGUGUUUUAAAUCUUCUAACGGAGAAAGAAGUAAAGCUCGUCUUGCCGACACAUGCCAUUGUUCCACGGACCUUUGUACUUAAGCCUGGAAUGGUUUUGUUUCUAGGUGCUUUGGGACGCAUAGACUAUUUGCAGGGAGCAAAAUCCUCCUGGUUUUCUGUUGUGGCUUCUAACCUGUUGCCAGUCCAUGUUACUACCCUGGAGAAAGCAGAUAGCAUCUAUCAGAAGCAUGCUGGAAAAACAUUACUGAAGGUGCCCAUGGGGGGUGAAGAGCGAAUGAAGGAAUUCCCGCCGCUUAUUCCUCAGGAAAUUACGCUGGAAGGAAUUGGCACCCUCGAGGCAGUGGCUGACAUAAAGCUGUCCUCUGCUGGCUGGGUUGCAGUAACUGCUCACUUGGAAGACAAACUACAGCUGCGAGUCUAUACUCCUGAAGGGACAACACUGAUGAUACGUAAACCUCCUCUGUUGCCACAUAUCAUUAACAUCAAAGGGAACCGCAUCAGAGGAAGUGCGUCCUAUAGAACUAAAAAGCCACCUCCCCUAGUGGAGAACUUAAAGGCAAAUGGAACAAAUAAAAAAAGGGGUAUAUAAAAUUUAAGAAGCACAGGAGCUGGGAAGCCCUUGGACAUACGUGUUGCUUACAGAAAAUUACAAAAACAAUUAUUCAUAGAGAACAUACAUUCUGAUUUUAAGAUUGGCUUCUGUAAAACGUGUUUGAAAGACCUAGCAAAUGCAGAUUUGAAGUUUGUAUCAGGCUACUGCAUAGUGCAGUUCAUGGGAUCAUGUGAUCUGCAGUCUCUACUUCCCAUUACCAGGGCUGCCUGCAUUCAGACUCUAGUUCUGCAUUCGACAGACAGAGGUGGCAUCACUUCACGUUAUUGCUGGUUCCCCUACAGUGAGUGGAGUAUGGCUGCCGUCAGGAUGGGAGGGUAAUCUCAGUUACAGCAGGAGGCCUUUAAUGAAGCUGUCAAAACAUGUAAAUCUUUCUGGUUGCUACCGAUAUUUGGACAGGAGACACAUUGCUUGUUUUUUGGCUUUUCGCAUGAAAUUAGUGAUAAAGAUUUCAGAAAAAA